AUGGCCAAGGUAGCGACCGUGAAGAUCGAACUGUCACUGACAUCCAAUGUCUACCGAAGAUCUGCUCCCUUGGACGAGAAACCACUUUUUUGCGUCACCGCCACGCUGUUGACUCCCAAGAUUGCGACCGUGGAACUAAUUGGGGAGUUUGACACUGGCACGAUCCUCGAGCGCUGGUUUCGCAUGCAGCACUUCAACAUCCACGAUAUUGUGACAGGAGAUCACGUUGUGAACGAAGACCCUUUUCCAGGAACUUGCGACCCACACGCAGACUUAUACCUAAGGUCUGUCUUGGAACUUCAUGCCUCCCAACCAUACAUUUUGUGUCGCCCUAUGGACGAGAUUGAUCCAAGGUCAGACCCUAUCCGAGAUCUAAAGAUUGGCCAUACGUACCGUUUUAAGCUUCAACCUCAGCGAAUUCUAUGCUACGAUCGCAGCAUCGUCGAUCUGUUUGGCAAGGACGACUACGUUUCGAGAGAUGAGUUGCUACCAACCUCUAUCGAGAUGCUGCUAGCAAGCGAUGAUGAGGUUAUCUUGAAGAUUGAGGAGUGA